UAAAAAGAGAAGAAUAUGCGAAAGUUACAAAUGGCUUAAUCUUCUAACUCACGAUGAAUCGUGCUUUAAAAAUGCGCGCGCAUUAUUUAAACUCGGAGCCGGCUUCGGUCGGCUUUCCGCGUUUGUGCUUGCAACAGAAAUGAACGUUUGCCUCAUGUAAUUUAUGUGUUAAACAACAGGAAAAAUAAAUCAUAUUGAUGAUUUCAAGAUGCUUAGAAAGAAUAUGUGGCGAUUGAAAUUCUUCAUCAGAAGAUAUUGUUGUCCUUCUAUGAAAACUACUCCGAAAUGCUCAACAGGCCUUGUCAAGCGAUCUAUUUCGACCAUCGAUGCGAGAUUCGUCAAGAAUAUCGGUCGAAGAUGGCGACUUGUCGUUCCUACUGGAGUUGGUUUGUCACUGCUCGCAAUAAUACAAUGGAAUUACUUGCAUGAGCAUGGAUAUUCCAUUGAUGUAGAGAAUAGACCGGAAUUACUAAAUGACGUUAUGGCAACAUGCUACUGUUGUCUGCCAUUGAGGAUAACUAGUAGAAUAUGGGGUUGGCUGACAAGCAUCGAUCUGCCGGUUAGUUUAAGGCCAAUGUUAUAUGGAUUUUAUGCAAAUAUCUUUCAUGCCAAUUUGGAUGAGGUAGAACUGGAUCUAUCUGCUUUCCCGAAUCUGGUAGAGUUUUUUGUACGGGCGCUCAAAGAUAAUGCUAGACCGAUUGCUCAGGAUUCAAGCAUGAUUUCUCCUGCAGAUGGUAAGAUUCUUUAUUUUGGACCAGUGACUUCUUGCCAAGUAGAACAAGUAAAAGGAGUAAUGUAUGAUCUCCGUCAGUUUCUGGGCGAUCUGAACAAACUUAUGUCGGAGCAGGAUGAUUAUGUUAAUUCGCUACUAAGGAAUCCAGACAAUAGAUUGUACCAAUUAAUCGUUUAUUUGGCACCUGGUGAUUACCAUCGGUUUCAUAGUCCUGCCGAUUGGAAUAUAAAAUUUCGACGGCACUUUCCAGGAAAAUUGUUGAGCGUCAAUCCAAGGAUACUCAAGUACAUGCCCAACUUGUUUUCGCUGAAUGAACGUGUUGUGUAUAUCGGAGAAUGGGCAGGCGGAUUCAUGGCUUACGCAGCGGUCGGAGCAACAAACGUGGGCUCCAUACGAGUUUACUGUGAUCCAGAAUUGACGACCAAUACAGUACAUUGGCCGGAAACUGCGCAUUGGAAGGAAGCGAAUUUAGGUUGCACACGUAUUGCCAAAGGUGAAUUGUUCGGUGAAUUCAGACUCGGAUCCACGAUCGUGCUUUUGUUCGAGGCACCACGAGAUUUUCAAUUUUGUCUGCAGCUCGGUCAGACAAUUAAAGUUGGUCAAGCAUUAAGCAGGCUCUCUAGCGACGAGUUUGAUAAAGAACAAAUCAAGCGGCAGCAUUUAAUUAUGAAUGUCGCGCAGGAUUGGAGAUAUAUAUGGAAACCUAAAGUUGAACAAUCAAGAAACUGUUCCAAUUUUAUUGGAAAUUAAGGACAUUCUGGAGAAUUAAGAAUCAAUACCU